AGAAGGAUGUUGUGGGCAUGGUUGAGCAAAGGGAAAGGAAGAACAAGAUUUUUGUUUCUUUUGUGUGUGAGACACUGAAAGCUGAGAAAGCAGCAGAAGAUCAUAUCAGGCAGUUUAUGCCUAAAUUAGCUGGACUAAACGCUAUUGUUAACAUCGGCCGGAUGAGCAUUGCAGGUAUGGACUUUGAAGCAGAAGAAACAGAGCUUUUGCAGGAUGAGAGGAUGAUGCAGAGUUUAUCCAGUGAUCCAGCCGCCACGCAGAGCGUCUCAGCAGACACGGUGCGUUGGGCACCUAACGACGCGUACAAACAGGUGGUUGGGAGGCCUGAGUACGCGGGGAGGGUUCGGCAGGUUGGGCCGAACGUUACACCUGUUCGGGGGACAUAUUUCUCAUACAGGCCUCGCUCACAGGGGAGACCAUCUGAGGGCACGUCUCGGGAUUGGGCCGAACAUGCCCGGAAGAUGAAAAAAAUUCAAGCGGAGCUACGGGCUGUACGAGAGAGGAAUGACACGUUGGAGCAGCGCAUGCAACAAUUCGACGCCAUGGAGCAACGCAUGCAACAAUUCGACGCCAUGGAGCAACGCAUGCAACAGUUCGAUGUCUUCAUGUCCUCAAUGGGAAUAUCACAACCAUGUCUUGGUGCUCAGUCUUCACCUGCAAACGUAGGUAGUACGUCGUUAGUUAGUAGUGCAUCUGCAGGUAAUGCGAUAACGGUUGGUACGUUGUCGCCUAUUGGACGACGGCUAAGCCAGCACUCCCCUGUCGCUACACCUUCGCCCGCUAUACCAUCCCUUGUGCAGCAAUCGCCGGUUGGCGAGAACACGUCUGGGACGGUACCUCGUGCUUCGCAGGGACGCCCUUCGGAUUUGUAGAUAUUUUGUGUAAUUAUUUUUUGUUUGUAAAGAUUUGCAUAGUUAACAAAUACGUUAUUAAUUAUUGGUUUAUGUAAUUUGAUUUUGUGAUAUUUUUGGGUAAAAUAAAUAUUGCGUUA